AUGGCCAAUUCGGGAACCGCCCUGCGCUGGAAAAUUGGUGACGAAGAGGCAGUGGAUGAGAUCUCAGCGGAGAGAAAAGACACUGAGUAUGAUAAAGACAAGGAAAAGAGGCUUCGUCGGCACUCAAGCUCGAGGACGAUUGAUCCGAAAUCUGCAAUUCCUAUUGAAUAUCGGAGCCUUUCGUUCGAGAUUGAGGAUGAAGGAGAGAGAAACAAACGAUUUAAACGCCAGGCAGAAAAUGAUAAAAUGGUCGAAGGUAGUUGGUUAACGCAGAAGGUAAAAGAGUGGCGCAAUAUUGAGUGGCACACCUUAUCCGCGGAAGAAAUUCAAAAGCGUCUCGAUGUAGAUGCAUCGCUUGGAAUCUCCAGCGCCUCUGCUAAGGAGCGUCUUCAGAAAUAUGGCGCAAACAAAAUCUCUCCGCUUCCAAAUUCUUGGUUCUGGAGGAUUCUGGGCUACUUCUUCAAGGGAUUCGGCUCGAUUCUUAUGAUCGGUGGUAUUUUGGUCUUCGUCUCGUGGAAGCCGCUGGGUGACCCACCAGCGAUUGCCAACUUGGCUCUUGGUAUCGUUCUCAUUGCAGUGUUUUUCAUUCAGGCCGCUUUCAACGCGUGGCAGGACUUUUCAUCCUCUCGAGUGAUGGCCUCCAUUACUGCAAUGCUUCCUGAGUCAUGCCUCGUUCUCCGGGGUGGCUCGCGUGUGGAGAUCUCGGCUACUGAUCUUGUUCCGGGAGAUAUGUUGAUCAUCAAGGCUGGGAACAAGAUCCCAGCAGAUAUUAGGUUUAUUGAAGUUUCGCAUGAUCUGAGUAUCAACAGAUCAGUUAUCACCGGAGAGUCGAAUCCAAUCAAGGGCAGUACUGAAAGUACGUCUGACAAUUAUCUUGAGACAAGGUGCAUUGGACUUCAGGGAACCCAUUGUGCCGCUGGUAAUGCACUCGGUAUUGUGGUUGCUGUUGGCGACUCCACGAUUUUCGGUCGAAUCGCGAAAUUGGCAGGCGAACCAAAAACUGGUCUAACAACAAUCGAAAAGGAAGUUUUUCGCUUUGUGGCUCUGAUUUUUAUUAUCAUGGUCACUUGGAUCAUCGUUCUGGCUGCUGUCUGGGGCGGCUGGCUUCAUAAAGUUCAUCCCGACUAUAUCAAUGUGCCGACGCUUAUUGUGGAUUGUGUGAGCGUGGCCAUCGCUUAUAUCCCCGAAGGUCUCCCCAUCGCCGUCACAGCCAGUUUGACUAUCACUGCAAAUAUCAUGAAGAAGAACAAGGUUCUGUGCAAGUCGCUCAAGACUGUUGAGACUUUGGGUUCUGUUACAGUUAUCUGCACCGACAAAACAGGUACACUGACCAGAAAUCGCAUGGCUGUUACCGAUUAUGCCGUGCACGUAACGAAAUCUAUCCUUGAUUCAACAGGCGAGCACACAGCGGCCAAACUGAAUGAUCCUGUUCUUCGACAAGUUCAAGCCGUCACAGGUCUUUGCAAUGCGGGUGAAUUUGAUACUGAAUCGGCGAAUGCUCCACUUAGCGAGAGGCGUAUCUUCGGUGAUGCCACAGACCAAGCCAUUCUGAGAUUUUCCGAGAGCCUGGGAUCUGUGGCUGAGCUUCGCAAAUCCUGGCGAACACUUUUCACCCUUGGAUUUGACAGCAAGAAUAAAUUCAUGAUCAAGGUGAUCAAAGCGGCCAGUCCAGAGGCUCCGACUCUCGUUCUUUCCCCUAGUGAGGCUGGGAAAUUUCACUCCAAUGAUGUGCUUUUCACUAUCAAAGGCGCUCCCGAUAUUUUGAUUGAGCGGUGUUCACAAGUGCUUUGUCCAGAAGGCGAAGUAAAAUCUUUGACGCAGGCUGAUCUUGCCGCCUUAAAGCGCUUGAAGGACGAAUGGUCUUCUCAAGGCAAGAGGGUCAUUAUGCUAGCUCGCAAGGUUCUCGAAAAAGACACGAUAUUAGCCAGUCCUAGCUCUGUGGAAUUUGAGACUCAAAUGCUUCAUGAAGCUAGAACCGGUCUUACCCUGGUCGGAAUGGUUGGAUUAAUUGAUCCGCCACGAUCUGAGAUUCCAGAGGUCUUUCGGGUGCUCCGACAGGCACAGAUACGGGCUUUCAUGGUUACUGGCGAUUUCGGACUCACGGCCCUUGCAAUUGCCCGGAAAUGCAACAUUGUCACCACUGAUUUCGUCCACGAUGUAUCCUCUCUUUCUAAAUCUGCCAUCUCAGAUGAGAAAGAAGGAUUGAUAUGCCAAUCUGCCUUGUCAAUCAGUGGACCAGAGUUGAUGACUCUCAACGAUCAUCAAUGGGACCAGCUGUGCAAGUAUCCUGAGAUUGUCUUCUCUCGUACUACCCCCAAUCAGAAGCUGCGGAUUGUGCGUGAGCUUCAGUCAAGAGAAGAGAUUGUCGGAAUGACAGGAGACGGUGUGAACGAUGCUCCCGCCCUUAAAGCAGCUGAUAUAGGAAUUAGUCUCGCCAGCGGCUCAGAUAUUGCCAUCGAGGCUGCCGAUAUGGUGCUGCUCGAUUCGUUUGCUGCGAUCGUUGAAGCCGUGCGCUAUGGGCGUGUUGUUUUCGACAACCUCAAGAAGACGGUGGCCUAUCUUCUACCGGCUGGCUCAUGGUCUGAGUUCUGGCCUGUGUUCUGCAAUCUGGUCUUCGGAAUUCCUCAGAUUCUUUCUUCCUUUCUCAUGAUCAUCAUCUGUUGUUUCACGGACUGUGCCGCCGCUGUAGCAUUGGCAUAUGAGACCCCAGAAGCAGAUGUUCUGUUCCGACCGCCACGCCAUCCGAAAAAGACACGACUCGUCAACUGGAAGUUAAUGUUUCAUGCUUAUGCUUUUAUUGGCAUGAUUGAAACAGCUUUAUCGUUCACCAUGGCAUUCUGGUACCUGGAAAGGAAUGGAAUUCAUUUCUCAGAUCUUUGGUUCAAGUUCGGAGAACUGCCUCCAGGCGUGACGGAAGACUAUUAUACGGCCAAGGUCAAUGAAGCAAGUUCGAUAUACUUCAUUAAUCUUGUGGUCAUGCAAUGGUUCAACCUGAUGGCGGUACGAACGCGUCAUCUAUCAAUAUUCCAACAUCCUCCAGCGUUCAAUAAGCAGACCCAAAAUCUGUAUUUAUUCCCUGCGAUUGCAUUUGCACUGGGAAUCUCGGUCAUUUGGCUGUAUGUCCCCAGCUUGCAGGUCGUUCUAGAUACUUCGGGUAUUCCUGCCGAGCACUAUUUCCUCCCAGCUGCGCUUGGCAUCGGGCUAUUGUGUCUAGAUGAAGGGCGAAAGGCUGCUGUUCGUCGUUGGCCUAAUGGUGUUCUGGCAAAGAUGGCUUGGUAA